AAUAGAAACCCCCGCUCACCUGAGUGCUUACACCUUUGCAGAGCAACCACAGUGUCACACAUAGACACAUACAUACACACACACACACACACUCACUCAGACACUCAGACACUCACAGGAUUAUUAUGGCCUCCUCAGUGACUGGUAGUGGGCUGCCCAGCGGAGGCAAGGUGUUCAGCACCCUGCCGGACCUCUUCUUCAUACCAGAGUUCAUAUUUGGCGGCUUGGUGUGGACUCUGGUCGCUUCCACUCGGGUGUUAUUCACAAAUCCUCUAGGCUGGGUGAUGUUCGUGUCUGUCUUCUGCUUCGUCUUCACCACUAUCUGGUUCUUCAUUUUCAUCGCUGGUGGGAACCAAAGUGGCAUUUGGCCUGCCCUGGACGUUGCGUAUCAUUUUAUUGCGGUGGUCUUCUACUUGAGUGCAUCCGUACUUUUAGCAUAUAUUACACUCAACAUUAAGACAGCCGCUUCCCUAAGUUCGGAAGUCUUUAAGAUCUAUCAAGAAAGCAUCGCUGCUGUGGUGAUGGCCUUCAUGGCCACCCUGCUGUACUUCAUCCACGCCAUCAUGUCCGCUAUCCGGUGGAAAUCCUCCUGAACGCAAUGAGCUCUGUGCCAGAACAACAAGCCAAAAAAAAAAAAACAUAAAAAACAAAACGUGCCAUCUCCAGCUCUAACUUUAAAGACAAUCUGGCAAAAGAUUUUUUUUUCUUAAAACCACACCCACACCCACACAAACACACACACCUGGCAACCAUGUCCAUGUUAGUAAUAGCCCAAGUCCAACCUGAUCAUUUAUACCUGCACUACCUGGACCAAAAGCAACAAACCCCAGAGCCGACAUCUGUACUGAGAACCAGAGAUCGGAGACUUCAGCAUCUUCUCGAACAUCUCAGAUGUUACUGCUCUCUGACUGAAAGUGUACAGAUGCAGCGUGUGGAUUGAUCUUUUAUUUUUUUCUACAUACUUUCAGUUGUAUUAUGACUGUUUGGAGUUUACAGGACUCUUGGUCCUGUAAAUAUGUUUUUGGCUUUUUUUCAUUUCAACUUAGACUAGAUAUAAAAAAAAAAAAAACAAUUAUAUGUGUUCAAAUUAAACCACUGGUGUUUUUGUAUGUCCAAUCGGGAGUGACUAAAGGAUGAAUAAAUAUAUUUUAUACAUUUA